AUGAGCUCCUCUCUUCCCAAGAGCGAAUCUACCACCUCUCUGCUGAGAUCUUCAGCGGUACUGGUGAGUCGCAGGUCCGCACAUCAUUCUGAGCAUCAUGAGUUGCGCAGCCACCGCAGUCACCAUCAUCAACCCGAUGGAGGUAGCGGUGUACCUGACGAUCUGUUUUGGAGCGAUGAGUGCGAGGCAAGCGCGCGCAGACCGCUUUGUCAACCGAGGCAUGCCGGUGGCAGGACAGACAGGAAUGGAGGUGAUAAACGGGGACAUUCCCACCAUUCCCACCAACACAGCAGCCACUACGAUGACGGCUACAGCCAGGAAGAAAUGAGAGAGCGGAUGGAUCGCAGUGGGAAAGACCGCAGUAAGUCGUCCAGACACCCACACCACCACCAUCACAACACCUCCAAAGGUGACCUGCCGCCGGCGCAUCUCCACGGGAACGCACGUCCAGACCGGAGGUCCUCGCCAACUCCAUCCUAUACAAAACAAUCCGACGACACUGCAUACUUUUUUGAAUCAAAGGACAGAAUAAAUACUGGGUCGUCCACGAGUUUAAACUCUGACCCACCGGCAACGUCCACGCCAGUGGCCGGUCCCCUUACCACCCGCACCGCCAAAAGACGCAGCACAGCUCCAUCUGAACAUGACUCCAAUCUGCAUCCGAUAGUGAAAUCAGUCUUCGGGCAGGUAGGUAAAUCCGUGUCUAAACAGAACUACAACACAUUGAUUAGCCUGCCUACUCUCGAACAAACAUUAAAAGUCAGCUCAAGGAUUCAACAAGUAGACUGGGGAUUAUUAGUCACUAUAGGCAAUUCAUUUAUGUGCAUUUGGCAAAAAACGGCGCGCGACAGAAGCUCCCUUUUUAUUCAAGGGUCAAUUCGAACUAUAAUUUUAGACUACCUUUCUAGGCUACAGUAGGCUGCUGUGAAACUGACUGUCUCUAACAAAAUGCAAAAAGAUUCAGCUUAAUUUACACAAUUGACCAUUUAAUGCAUUUAGGCUUAAACGGCUCUCUUAUGAACGAAUAAACGCCUAGGUGUUUUGUUGUGUAACACCAUUUAACAGUAAUUCAUAACACAGAAAUGAAGGGUGAACCUUUUGUUCAGAGCAGGUAUGGACAAUAGCUAUAGGAUGCAUGACAACAGAAGGCUGGGAUUAUGGAUUUUUCCAACUGCACAGUGCACUAUAACAUUUCCCAAAGAUUUUUCCCAAAAUAUUCAAAUGCCUUAAUGUAUUUGAAACAAGACUGUUGGAUAGACAUGAAUAGUAGCCUAUAGGUCAGAUGAGAUAGCUCAGACAGCUCAAGGAUGAUUGAUAUACACAGCCCUCUAACCAAUUGUACUACUAUGUGUGUUUUUCCGCGUUAUUUGUAAUUUAUUCUGUACAUAAUGUUUCUGCCAUCGUCUCUUAUAACCAAAAAGAGCUUCUGGAUAUCAGGACAGCGAUUACUCACCUCGUAUCGGAUGAAGAUUCUUUCUUCAACAAGUCGGACGCGAAGGAUAUCCUACAGGGCCCAAAUCCCCGUCAUUCGCAUGAGAAAGAGACAGAGGUAUCGUGGACGUAGGACGGGGUGCCUUGUACGGAUCCGACGGCGAGCGAGUAAACUGCCUCUUCCAUCAAUCCUAUUAGCCAAUGUUCAAUCAUUUGAGAAUGAAAUAGAUUACCUAAGAUUACGGUUAUCCUACCAACAGGACAUUAAAAACUGUAAUAUAUUAUGUUUCACCGAGUCGUGGCUGAACGACGACAUGGACAACAUACAGCUAGCGGGCUAUACGCUACAUCGGCAGGAUAGAACGGCUGACUCCAGUAAGACAAGUGGUGGCGGUCUGUGUAUAUUUGUAAACAACAGCUGGUGCACAAAAUCAAAUACCAAGGAAGUCUCAAGGUUUUGCUCGCCUGAGGUAGAGUAUCUCAUGAUAAGCUGUAGACCACACUAUUUACCAAGAGAGUUUUCAUCUAUAUUUUUCAUAGCUGUCUAUUUACCACCACAAACCAAUGCUGGCAUUAAGAUUGCACUGAAUGAGCUGUAUAAGGCCAUAAGUGAACAGGAAAACACUCAUCCAGAGGCAGCGCUCCUAGUGGCCGGGGACUUUAAUGCAGGGAAACUUAAAUCAGUUCUGCCUAAUUUCUACCAGCAUGUUAAAUGUGCAACCAGAGGAAAAAAAAACUCUAGACCACCUUUACUCCAUACACAGAGACGCAUACAAAGCUCUCCCUCGCCCUCCAUUUGGCAAAUCUGACCAUAACUCUAUCCUCCUGAUUCCUGCUUAUAAGCAAAAACUAAAGCAGGAAGCACCAGUGACUUGGUUAAUACAAAAGUGGUCAGAUGACGCAGAUGCUAAGCUACAGGACUGUUUUGCUAGCAGACUGGAACAUGUUCCGGGAUUCUUCAGAUAGCAUUGAAGAGUACACCACAUCAGUCACUGGCUUCAUCAAUAAGUGCUUCGAUGACGUCGUCCCUGUCACGGUUUACUAAGCCAGAACCCAGAAGCAGACCAGGACAAGGUGAGUUGAAACGAAGGUGAGUAUUUAUUUAACAGAUUCAAAAAACAAUGUAGAAUAAUCCAGGGGACAGAGCGGACGGCGGAGAUGAGUUGGUGGAGGUGCAGUGGUAGAUCCAAGAAUGGCUCGGCAGCCGCCGACAACCAGGCAGGGGUUGGGUGAAGGUUCCGGGAGAUUGACUGCAGAUAGAAACAAAACGGAGGUAAGUACACGUCAAGCCAACAAGGUGCAAAACAACAAAACUAACGCUAGAAACUCCAAGGCUGAUACACUGACAAACAUACUGUUCAUGGCUAACGAUCCGGCAGGGAAUGGAUGUCAGGUCAGGGCUUAAGAAGGGUGAUGAUCAGGACCAGGUGUGCAGACCGCUGAUGAGAUGCAGGGUGCGGUUAAUCAGGAGAUCUCCCGCCUAGCAACGUCGCCUGGCAACCAGGCCGGGGAGCGUUCACGAACCCUCAGGAAACUGGAGAUUCCGAGCAGAAAAAAUGGCAACACAGCAGGGAACCGACUCAGGAUGCAGGGUUCAUGACAGUACCCCCCCUCCGACGAAAGCCACCGGGCGGACUACCCGGAGCGCCAGGAUGGAGGCGGUAGAAGUCACGAAGGAGGUCAGCAUCCAGGAUCUGGCGCCGAGGAAUCCAACUCCUCUCUUCAGGACCAUACCCCUCCCAGUCCACGAGAUACUGGAAACCCCGGCCCCGCCGUCUGGAAUCCAUAAUGCGGCGCACCGUGUAGGCAGGACCACCUCCGAUCAUCCGAGGGGGAGGAGGAGGAGGCGGAGGGGGGUAACAGAGGACUGAGGAGAACAGGCUUGAGGCAGGAGACAUGAAAGGUGGGAUGGACUCUGAGCGUUCUAGGUAACUUGAGUCGAACCGCCACAGGAUUGAUCACCUUCUCCACCACAAACGGACCAAUGAACUUCGGUGACAGUUUCUUAGACUCAGUCCGCAGAGGAAGAUCCCGUGUGGCCAACCAGACCCUAUCUCCGAUGGUAUAGGUGGGGGCGGGAAUCCGGCGACGAUUCGCCUGGAGCUGAUACCGGUCAGAAACUCUAAGGAGGGCCUUUCUGGCCCGAUGCCAGGUCCGGUGGCAACGACGAAUGUGGACCUGAACAGAGGGCACUGAGAGAUCCUUCUCCUGAGAAGGAAACAAGGGAGGUUGGUAGCCAUACAGGCACUGGAAGGGAGACAUCCCAGUGGCAGAUGUAGGGAGAGUAUUGUGGGCAUACUCAACCCAAGGCAACUGAGAGACCCAGGAGGUGGGGUUGGAGGAGACAAGGCAGCGUAGCGUGGAUUCCAUCUUCUGGUUGGCUCUCUCCGCCUGACCAUUAGAUUGGGGGUGAAAACCAGAUGUGAGGACUGACUGUAGCUCCAAUGGCCAAACAGAAAGACUUCCAGACAGCAGAGGUAAACUGAGGGCCACGGUCGGAAACUAUGUCACUGGGCAACCCGUGGACCCUGAAAACCUCCCUAACCAGGAUCUUGGACGUCUCAGAGGCCGAGGGAAGCUUGGAAAUGGGCACAAAGUGGGCGAACUUGCUGAAUCUGUCCACGAUAGUCAGAAUGACCGUGUUCCCCUCAGAAGAGGGCAACCCAGUGACAAAGUCCAGGGCCAGAUGCGACCAUGGUCGCCGGGGAAUAGGGAGGGGGUGAAGUAGUCCAGAGCUGGGCCGGUUGGCACUCUUAUUCUGCGCACACACUGGACAGGCAGCAACAAACCUCCGAGUAUCUUCUCCCAUGGCCGGCCACCAAAAUCGUCUGCGAAGUAACGCCAUCGUCCGGGCCACACCAGGGUGACAAGCCAUCUUGCUGGCGUGGGACCAUUGGAGGACAGCAGAACGAACCGACUCAGGCACAAACAAACGACCGGGUGGACCGUUACCGGGACCGGGCUGCGUCCGAAGGGCCGCCAUAACCUCCUCCUCAAUCCUCCACAUAACUGCUCCCACGACACAGUUCCGGGGAAGAAUCGUCUCGGUCUUGGCCCCACUCUCCUCCGUCUUGGAAAACAUCCGGGACAAGGCGUCCACCUUGCCGUUCUUAGACCCAGGUCGGAACGUCAGGGAAAAAUUAAAGCGUCCGAAAAACAAAGCCCACCUGGCCUGACGGGAGUUGAGACGUCUAGCCGAUUGCACGUAAGCAAGAUUCUUGUGGUCGGUCCAGACAAUAAACGGUUGCUCCGCCCCCUCCAACCAGUGGCGCCACUCCUCCAAGGCAAGCUUCACCGCGAGAAGCUCCCGGUUACCCCACAUCGUAGUUCCUCUCCGCAGACGAAAGACGACGAGAGUAGUAGGCGCAGGGAUGGAGUUUCCCGUCAGUGGAGCAUCGCUGGGACAGGAUGGCGCCAACCCCCACAUCAGACGCAUCCACUUCCACGACGAACUGACGGGCCGUGUCAGGUUGAGAGAGAAUCGGUGCGUUGGUGAAUCGCCUCUUCAAAUCCAGGAACGCUCGGUCCGCCUCAGGGUUCCAACUGAAGGUCCUGGUACUGGAAGUCAGGGCAGUUAAAGGAGCGGCCACACGGCUGUAAUCCCGGAUGAAUCUGCGAUAGAAAUUCGCAAACCCCAGAAACCUCUGGAGCUGCAAUCUCGUACCGGGCUGGGCCCAUUCCAGAACCGCCCUAACCUUCUCCUGGUCCAUCCUGAUCUCUCCCCUGGAGAUGAUGUACCCGAGGAAGGAUGUAGUGUGGGCGUGAAAUUCGCACUUCUCGGCCUUCACGAACAGGCGAUUCUCCAACAAUCGCUGCAGAACCUGCCUGACCUGCUGGACGUGGCUGGAAGGUUCCUUCGAGAAGAUAAGAAUGUCAUCCAGGUAAACAAACACAAAGAGACCGAUCAUAUCUCUCAGGACGUCAUUCACCAUACUCUGGAACACUGCUGGAGCAUUGGUCAGUCCAAACGGCAUCACCUGAUACUCGAAGUGACCCAUCGGUGUAUUGAAACCCGUCAACCACUCGUCCCCCUCUCUGAUCCGGACCAGGUGAUACGCAUUGCGUAGGUCUAGCUUGGUGAACACAGUAGCACCCUGUAAGGAGUCGAAGGCAGAGCUCAUCAAGGGCAGGGGAUACUUGUUCUUGACCGUGAUAUCAUUCAACCCCCGAUAAUCAAUACACGGUCGAAGAGAGCCAUCCUUCUUACCCACAAAGAAGAAUCCUGCCCCCAGGGGUGAUGAUGAGGGACGAAUGAGACCAGCCGCUAGGGACUCCUUGAUGUAGGUCUCCAAAGCCUCACGUUCAGGUCGGGAGAUGCUGUAUAAACCGUCCCUUUGGAUAGACAGCUCCAGGGAACAGGUUUAUGGCACAGUCAUAUGGUCGGUGGGGAGGGAGUGACAGAGCCCUCUGCUUACUGAACACUUCCCCCAAAUCGUGAUAUCUCGGGAACCAGGGACAAAUCUGGGGGUCUAGCCUCAAUCACCUGACUGGGAACAGAAUGGGAACAGGCAGUCUUGAGGCAGUUAGCAUGACACUCAAGGCUCCAACUAGUUACCUUGCCAGUCACCCAAUCGAACGUGGGAUUGUGUUCCUUCAGCCAGGGGUAUCCAAGGACCAGAGGAACAUGGGAAGAAGGCAGAAUGAAGAAUGAGAUCACCUCAGAAUGAUUCCCUGACAACAGCAUCUUAACCGGUUCAGUCCUCAUCGUGAUACGUGCCAGACUACUGCCGUUCAGAGUGGUAGCUUCAAUGGCUUCCGGUAAUCGCUCCUUGGAAAGCCCCAGCUGUUCCACCACUUCGGCAUCAAUAAAGCCUCCAUCGGCACCUGAAUCGACGAAAGCGUUAAUCGCUAGAUUCUGAUUCCUGUUCAUGAGGGUAGCCGGGAAACGGGGUCUGACAGAGGUAUUGAGAGGUUGAAACUGGCUCGCUAAAAGACCUCCCAACUUUAGCGAGCCGAGCAGUUUGACGACCGCCGGGAACAAGUGGACGGGCCCCAUUGCUUCUCCCUCCUUCUCUCUCGAACUCGGUUAUCCACCCGAAUAGACAAGGCUACCAAGCUGUCCAGGUCACUAGGCUCCGGAUAGGAGAUCAACUCAUCCUUGAGCUGCUCCGACAGCCCCUGGUAAAAGGCCGCUUGCAGAGACUCCUCAUUCCACCCACUCUCCACAGCCAAAGUCCUGAACUCGAUCACGAAGUCGGCAACGCUGCGAGUUCCUUGGCGAAGCGAAAACAGGCGCCUAGCUGCGUCCAUACCUCGGACGGAAUGGUCAAAUAGCUUCCUCAUCUCGGCCGUGAACUCCUGGUAUGAGGCCAUGCAGGUGUCCUGUUGUUCCCAAACGGCUGAAGCCCACUCCAGAGCUCGACCACGCAGCAACUCAAUGACAAAGGCUAUCCUAGCCUUGUCUGUGGCAUAAGAGUGGGGCUGUAGAUCGAACACUAAUCCACACUGCAUAAGGAAAGAACGGCAUCUUCCCAACUCCCCCUCAUAUUUAUCAGGCGUCGGAACCUUGGGCUCACGGAAGGGCACAGCUCCAGAAGCGGCAGGCGAGAUGGGUGAAACCGGUCGUGGAUUCUCCACCGGCAAACUGAGCUGAGCCUGGAUCUUCGUCAGACUGGUAGAAAUGUUCCGAACGGACAAAGCUAUCUCCUGUAGCGCCGUGCUAUGUUGUCCCAACAUCUUCUCCUGAUGGGUAAUGGCAUGGCGAACAGAGUCCAGGUCCGCUGGGUUCAUUUCUGGCCAGAUCGUUCUGUCACGGUUUACUAAGCCAGAACCCAGAAGCAGACCAGGACAAGGUGAGUUGAAACGAAGGUGAGUAUUUAUUUAACAGAUUCAAAAAACGAUGUAGAAUAAUCCAGGGGACAGAGCGGACGGCGGAGAUGAGUUGGUGGAGGUGCAGUGGUAGAUCCAAGAAUGGCUCGGCAGCCGCCGACAACCAGGCAGGGGUUGGGUGAAGGUUCCGGGAGAUUGACUGCAGAUAGAAACAAAACGGAGGUAAGUACACGUCAAGCCAACAAGGUGCAAAACAACAAAACUAACGCUAGAAACUCCAAGGCUGAUACACUGACAAACAUACUGUUCAUGGCUAACGAUCCGGCAGGGAAUGGAUGUCAGGUCAGGGCUUAAGAAGGGUGAUGAUCAGGACCAGGUGUGCAGACCGCUGAUGAGAUGCAGGUGCGGUUAAUCAGGAGAUCUCCCGCCUAGCAACGUCGCCUGGCAACCAGGCCGGGAGCGUUCACGAACCCUCAGGAAACUGGAGAUUCCGAGCAGAAAAAUGGCAACACAGGCAGGAACCGACUCAGGAUGCAGGGUUCAUGACAGUCCCCACAGUGACCGUAUGUACAUACCCCAACCAGAAGCCAUGGAUUACAGGCAAUAUCCGUGUAACCGGUGUGAAAUGGCUAGCUAGUUAGCGGUGCGCACUAGUAGCAUUCCAAUCGGUGACGUCACUCGCUCGGAGACCUUGAAGUAGUUGUUUCCCUUGCUCUGCAAGGGCCGCGGCUUUUGUGGAGCGACGAGUAACGGUGCUUCGAGGAUGACUGUUGUCGAUGUGUGCAGAGGGUCCCUGGUUCAAGCCCAGGUAGGGGCGAGGAGAGGGACGGAAGCAACACUGUUACAUUGAUGCUGUUGACCCGGAUCACUGGUUGCUGCGGAAAAGGAGGAGGUCAAAAGGGGGGUGAGUGUAACCGGUGUGAAAUGGCUAGCUAGUUAGCGGUGCGCACUAGUAUCAUUUCAAUCAGUGACGUCACUCACUCUGAGACCUUGAAGUAGUUGUUUCCCUUGCUCUGCAAGGGCCGCGGCAUUUGUGGAGCGACGGGUAACGGUGCUUCGAGGGUGACUGUUGUCGAUGUGUGCAAAGGGUCCCUGGUUCAAGCCCAGGUAGGGGCGAGGAGAGGGAUGGAAGCAACACUGUUACAUCCGCACUGAGCUAAAGGGUAGAGCUUUUUCAACAUGUCCCUGACUGAGUCUGUAAUAUCAACAUGUUUCAAGCAGACCACCAUAGUCCCUGUGCCUAAGAACACUAAGAUAACCUGCCUAAAUGACUACCGACCCGUAGCACUGACGUCUGUAGCCAUGAAGUGCUUUGAAAGGCUGGUCAUGGCUCACAUCAACACCAUUAUCCCAGAAACCCUAGACCCACUCCAAUUUGCAUACCGCCCCAACAGAUCCACAGAUGAUGCAAUCUCUAUUGCACUCCACACUGCCCUUUCCCACCUGGACAAGAGGAACACCUACGUGAGAAUGCUAUUCAUUGACUACAGCUCAGCAUUCAACACCAUAGUGCCCUCAAAGCUCAUCACUAAGCUAAGGAUCCUGGGACUAAACACCUCCCUCUGCAACUGGAUCCUGGACUUCCUGACGGGCUGCCCCCAGGUGGUAAGGGUAGGUAACAACACAUCUGCCACACUGAUCCUCAACACAGGGGCCCCUCAGAGGUGCGUGCUCAGUCCCCUCCUGUACUCACUGUUCACCCAUGACUGCAUGGCCAGGCACGACUCCAACACCAUCGUUAAGUUUGCUGACGACACAACAGUGGUAGGCCUGAUCACCGACAACGAUGAGACAGCCUAUAGGGAGGAGGUCAGAGACCUGGCCGUGUGUUGCCAGGAUAACAACCUCUCCCUUAACGUGACCAAGACAAAGGAGAUGAUUGUGGACUACAGGAAAAAAAGAGGACUGAGCACGCCCCCAUUCUCAUCGACAGGGCUGUAGUGGAACAGGUUGAGAGCUUCAAGUUCCUUGGUGUCCACAUCACCAAUGAACUAUCAUGGUCCAAACACACCAAGACAGUUGUGAAGAGGGCACGACAAAGCCUAUUCCCCCUCAGGAGACUGAAAAGAUUUGGCAUGGGUCCUCAGAUCCUCAAAAAAUUAUACAGCUGCACCAUCGAGAGCAUCCUGACUGGUUGCAUCACCGCCUGGUAUGGCAACUGCUCGGCCUCCGACCGCAAGGCACUACAGAGGGUAGUGCGUACGGCCCAGUACAUCACUGGGGCCAAGCUUCCUGCCAUCCAGGACCUCUAUACCAGGCGGUGUCAGAGGAAGGCCCUCAAAAUUGUCAAAGACUCCAGCCACCCUAGUCAUAGACUGUUCUCUCUGCUACCGCACGGCAAGCGGUACCGGAGUGCCAAGUCUAGGUCCAAAAGACUUCUCAACAGCUUCUACCCCCAAGCCAUAAGACUCCUGAACAGCUAAUCAUGGCUACCCGGACUAUUUGCACUGCCCCGCCACCCCCACCCCCACCCCAUCUUUUUACGCUGCUGCUACUCUGUUAAUAAUUUAUGCAUAGUCACUUUAACUCUACCCACAUGUACAUAUUACCUCAACUGCUCUUUUUUCUCAACACUUUUUUGUUGUUGUUUUAUUUUACUUUUUUAUUAAAAAAUAAAUGCAUUGUUGGUUAAGGGCUGUAAGUAAGCAUUUCACUGUAAUGUCUACACCUGUUGUAUUCGGCGCAUGUGGCCAAUAAAAUUUGAUUUGAUUUGAUUUGAUUUGAAUGCUGCACAGUGUCAGGUUGAUAUGGUUGGGUCAAAUGUGAGGGACAGGUAGAGCAGGAACCCAAGCCAAAUGUGACCUGACACCCAUUCAUCCCAGCUGACCAUAUAAAAAAUGUAUAUGCGUUUUGAGUCCAAAUUUCACUUAUCUGUGUAUCUGCUAAUUAGUUUGAUGGAGGGGGUGGCGAUAUGAAUAAGGAUACUCUCAUCAUGUCUGACACCUGAGCAAUGGCAGGUGGAUCAACUUUCCAAUCCUGUGGAAAUUGUAGCUGUGCUGAACACACACACAUACGCACACAGGCACGCACACACAGCUACAGUGCCUUGCAAAAGUAUUCAUCCCCCUUGGCAUUUUUCCUAUUUUGUUACAUUACAACCUGUAAUUUAAAUGGAUUUUAUUUGGAUUUCAUGUAAUGGACAUACACAAAAUAGUCCAAAUUGGUGAAGUGGAAUGGUGAAGUGGACCAGGCAAGGAGGGCAUUCAUCAGAGAGGCAACAAAGACACCAAAGUUAACUCUGAAGGAGCUGCAAAGCUCCACAGUGGAGAUUGGAGUAUCUGUCCAUAGGACCACUUUAAGCCGUACACUCCACAGAGCUGGGCUUUACUCUGGUCAGAUGAGACUAAAAUUGAGCUUUUUGGCCAUCAAAGAAAACGCUAUGUCUGGCGCAAACCCAACACCUCUCAUCACCCCGAGAACACCAUCCCCACAGUGAAACAUGGUGGUGGCAGCAUCAUGCUGUGGGGAUGUUUUUCAUCGGCAGGGACUGGGAAACUGGUCAGAAUUGAAGGAAUGAUGGAUGCCGCUAAAUACAGGGAAAUUCUUGAGGGAAACCUGUUUCAGUCUUCCAGAGAUUUGAGACUGGGACGGAGGUUCACCUUCCAGCAGGACAAUGACCCUAAGCAUACUACUAAAGCAACACUCUAGUGGUUUAAGGGGAAACAUUUAAAUGUCUUGGAAUGGCCUAGUCAAAGCCCAGACCUCAAUCCAAUUGAGAAUCUGUGGUAUGACUUAAAGAUUGCUGUACACCAGCGGAACCCAUCCAACUUGAAAGAGCUGGAGCAGGUUUGCCUUGAAGAAUGGGCAAAAAUCCCAGUGGCUAGAUGUGCCAAGCUAAUAGAGACAUACCCCAAGAGACUUGCAUCUUCAAAGUGGUAGGCAUGUUGUGUAAAUCAAAUGAUACAACCCCCCAAAAAAUCAAUUUUCAUUCCAGGUUGUAAGGCAACAAAAUAGGAAAAAUGCCAAGGGGGGUGAAUCUUUUCACAAGCCACUGUAUUUGUGGUAAGUCACACUCACAUCAAGUUUUGUUUUUUAUAUGUGAGAUUGAAUAGCUAUCACACUGUAAUAAUUUGCUUAAGUAAAAUGUAUAAUGUAUGCUAGACCAGCAGAUGGAUAGGUGAGGGUGGAUGGUAAAAGAAGGGUGCUUCUCCAUCUUUUCAUUCCUGCAUCCCAUCUCCUCUACCCUCUACUAAUACAAAGGUCCUCCUCAAAGUCCUCAUCAAAUAACCCCAUUCCUAUUGUGCCUCUGUUGCUCUCAAUUAGCAGGCUUUCUGUUAUUUUCUUCCUGUGGCGCUGAUAUAUUUGUUUCAGUGCUAAGGGAGAUAGAAAGCUCAGAAGGAGACAACAUGUUCCCCAUGUAUUAAUGUGUGCCAGAAAUAACUUCACUCAAAGCAGGCCAGAGCUUCAAUCAGUCACAGGAGUUCCAGGCAGCAAACCCCAAUCUAUGCAGCACUGCUGUGUUCUAUAGUGCCUAUCUCAAUCUGCUCCACAGUGACACACCAUGCAGUAGCCCACUAUCACUCUAUCCAGUCAUUGUGCUUUGAAAUUGGAAUAUUGAAGGACCUUUAAUGACAAUAUCUGUCUAAUUAUCGCUCACUUGGCUGUGAAAUUGCUCAGCUGGAGGAGUUUUCGAGCAGAAAAAGUAUGCAAGGUGACUGUCACUUGAUGCUAGUUACUGUAAGUCAGAGACUUGUUAGAAAGCUCUCAGACUUUUUCAGUAGUAUUAGAUCUAUAACGGGAUAUGCAGUAUGUUUGUGUCCAAUUAAGUAAUAGCAAAGUUUCAAUGCAACUGAGAGUUGUGUGGUGGUGCCUAGAUAAUAAUAAUAAUAAUAUGCCAUUUAGCAGACGCUUUUAUCCAAAGCGACUUACAGUCAUGCGUGCAUAAUUUUUUUGUGUAUGGGUGGUCCCGGGGAUCGAACCCACUACCUUAGCGUUACAAGCGCCGUGCUCUACCAGCUGAGCUACAGAGGACCGUAGAUAUUGCAAGAUGUUCUGUUUGUCUGAUACAAAGGUGUGUGUGUAUGUGUGUGUGUGUGUGUGUGUGUGUGUGUGUGUGUGUGUGUGUGUGUGUGUGUGUGUGUGUGUGUGUGUGUGUGUGUGUGUGUGUGUGUGCACAAAGGUGCAUGUGCGUGUUUGGAUCUUUGGUUGUGAUAAUCUAUUAGGUGACAUUGCCUUUCACAUUUACAUGUCAUAUCAUAUCUAUCUUAUCAUAUAUUUUUAUUGGCACUGGCACAAGUAUACUUCAAAUAAAUAUUUUGAUAUGGCAAGGUCUGCAUAUAAUCCCUACAGAACUUAUUAUCUGCCAGUGGAAGCUAAAUAUAACACUCCCAAGACCUGAUUAUGAGAGAGUGGAGGAGAACAGCCUUUUGUGUGGUGGUAAAAAUAUUCAAAUCCUUUGGCUAACCUGACAAAGCCAGUUUACAAAUUGGUGACUAAAGCAGGGAUUCCUGCAUAAGCAAACAUAUUUUCUCAAGCAUCCAUAUAAUACCAUGCUUUUGUAGUGGGGUAAUAUUUGAUAUGUGUACAUUAUAUGUACCUCACAUGCGACCUGUAAUAAGACUAUGCAAUUACUGGACAAAGUCUAUUAAAAGUAUAUCUGACUCCAUAAAGAUAAUUAAAAUAUGCAAGCAAGCAUUAGGCGUUUAGCUGACUAAGAUCAAGGAAUGGUCAUGAGAAGCGAACGCAAAAUUCAAGUAUUAUUUAAUAACUUUGUACAUUGAAUGGAUUCACAUACAAGGCAUAAAGCUUAAGUUACAAGGUAUUACUGACAUUAUUAACAAAACAUAAUUCUAGGCAUAUAGAUUCUAAGGUUAACAUACAAGACAAAGCAUGAACAAAGAGAUGCCUACGAGGCCAGAGGCAUAGAAGCCUAGGAAAUGAGAAAAGAUAAAGAUAAGAGAGAGAACAACAGACAUUCAUUUCAUUUAUACCAGAUAUGACUUGUUUGUAUUCAAAAUCAAUUGUUGACCAAUCCACAGACCAAACGAAAGGUAGUAAAACAAAGAUAUCCAAUCAGAUCAAACCAGCCAACAUCCUCUAGGAAGGGGGUCACAUCUAUGUGUGAUGACCUGAGGGGGUGGGCUGAGUAGGUCAAUUGCAUACAGUGUCUUCAGAGUUUACUCUGAACAACCUAAAGGAACCACAGAGAUCAUACAUCCAUAUACUGUAGCUAGCUUUAGAGUUCUAUUGAUAGAUACCAAACAUGGAUACUAUAGUAUUAUUGUAUCACACAUUCAAUAGUCCGUCCUCUGGAUACUGUAGAGAAAGAUUUUGGCCCCUUGACUGGGGAAGGGCUGACUGGUCCUUGGGCAUUGUCUUGGGCCAUUUGCCAUGCGGACCCAGAGAUGAUAGAGCACAUAAAUUAGGGCAGAGCCUACACUUUCACUUUCAUUUUCAUCAGAAGGAACUGCUGAAAUAGAGGGGCUAUGAGGAAAGGGAUGAGGAGUGGGGCGUUAUGAGGAAAGGGAUGAGGAGGGGGGCGUUAUGAGGAAAGGGAUGAGGAGGGGGGAGUUGUGAGGAAAGGGAUGAGGAAGGGGUGUUAUGAGGAAAGGGAUGAGGAGGGGGCGUUAUGAGGAAAGGGAUGAGGAGGGGGGCGUUAUGAGGAAAGGGAUGAGGAGGGGGGCGUAAUGAGGAAGGGAUGAGAUGAGGAGGGGGGCGUUAUUGAGGAAAGGGGAGGAUGGGGGGCGUUAUGAGGAAAGGGAUGAGGAGGGGGUGUUAUAGAGGGAAAGGGAUGAGGAGGGGGGCAUUAUGAGGAAAGGGAUGAGGAGGGGUGGGUGUAUGUGAUGGAAAGGGGAUGAGGGAAGGGGGCGUUAUGAGGAAAGGGAUGGGAGGGGGGGCAUUAUGAGGAAAGGGAUGAGGAGGGGGGGCGUUUAUGAGGAAAGGGAUUGAGGAGGGGGGCGUUAUGGAGGUAAAGGGAUGGGGAGUGGGACAUUAUGAGGAAAGGGAGAAUGGGGAGGGAGGGCAGUAUGCGGGAAGGGGGAUGAUGGAGGGGGCGUUAUGAGGUAAAGGGAUGAGGGAGGGGGAACAUUAUGACGGAAAGGGAUGAGGAGGGGGCGUUAUGAGGAAAGGGAUGAGGACGGGGGGCCGUUCAUGAGGAAAGGACGAUGCGGAGGCGUGGCAUUAUGAGAAAGGGAUGAGGAGGGGGUGUUAUGAGGAAAGGGAUGAGGAUGGGGACAUUAUGAGGAAAGAGAUGAGGAGGGGGGCAUUAUGAGGAAAGGGAUGAGGAGGGGGGCAUUAUGGGGAAAGGGAUGAGGAGGGGGGCGUUAUGAGGAAAGGGAUGAGGAGGGGGGGCGUUAUGAGGAAAGGGAUGAGGAGGGGGGCGUUAUGAGGAAAGGGAUGAGGAGGGGGCAUUGUGCGAAGGGGUCAUGAGAAUAAUUAGUGUUUAAUAAUUAAUGAUUCCUAUCAAUAAAGGAAACUCUUGAUAUAAAUACAAUAUCCCUGUCUAGACGUAUGAAUUCUGCACAGAUAUAAAUAAAACAACACUAAUUUUGGUCAGUUAUGAAUAAUAACAACAUCAUUACACUAUACUCUCCAUACUCAUCAUUACACUCCCCACUGGGCACACACUGGUUGAAUCAACGUUGUUUCCACGUCAUUUCAAUGAAACUACGUUGAACAAACGUGGAAUAGACGUUGAAUUGAUGUCUAUGCCCAGUGGGUCGUAGGGAAUUCAUGGGCAACUUCAUAUUUUCAAUUAACCUGUGUUGUACUUAGCAGUCUGCACAUGUCAAUGUAGUCAUACCUUAAUUAUAGCAUUUAGGCUACAUUUUCCAAUCCUGGUUACAGCAGCACCUUGGUCAAGGACAGAACAGCAGUGGGUCUGCGUCCCACCUGGAAUUAUCACCAGUGACCUUCUGCCUUGUUUCUCAACCACUAUUAGAUAAAACGUUUUUUUUUCAGUCUAUUCACAGCUUUCACCGUUGUAUUGAGUACUUUAUUUGACCUUAAGCUACCACUUCUGAGGAAAGAAAAAUAUUAUUUGGAAGUCUGGGAAGUGAAGUAAAUGGAUGAUUGUUUUUCACCAAUGCUAAAUCACCUCUCAGAUGACACCACCAGAUGGAGGUGGCUGCUCACAGUAUGUGCUAUAAGUCAGAGAGUGUGUGUCUGUUUGUAAGAUUCAGUGUGUGUCAAAGAUUUGUAUUAUUAUCAACUAUAACUAUCAACCCUAAAACACACAGCUUAUUCAAUGUAUUAAAAGUGGUGUAUUUAAAGAGUUUCAUUCCAAAACGCUAUACAUCCAUUUUCAGAAAUGUUGGUACAAAAUUUAAAAGGCAUUGGAUCAUCUGCGCUAUCUUUGUUGCAGGUGCAUGGUAGCAAUUGAAUCAAAUGAAAGAAAAGAGAAAUGUUGGUAAAAAAAAACACACACACUAUCUAAUCAUGGCAUGGGGUUCUUCAAUGACAGACAUGUGCACUAUAUAUACAAAAGUAUGUGGACACCCCUUCAAAUUAGUGGAUUCGGCUAUUUUAGCCACACCCGUUGGAAGCAACGUCAGCACAAGAACUGUUCGUCGGGAGCUUCAUGAAAUGGGUUUCCAUGGCCGAGCAGCCGCACACAAGCCUAAGAUCACCAUGCGCUAUGCCAAGCGUCGGCUGGAGUGGUGUAAAGCUUGCCGCCAUUGGACUCUGGAGCAGUGGAAACGCGUUCUCUGGAGUGAUGCUUCAUGCCUCACCAUCUGGCAGUCCGACGGACGAAUAUGGGUUUGGCGGAUGCCAGGAGAACGCUACCUGUCCCAAUGCAUAGUGCCAACUGUAAAGUUUGGUGGAGGAGGAAUAAUGGUCUGGGGCUGUUUUUCAUGGUUCCAGUGAAUCCUAACACUACAGCAUACAAUACCAUUCUAGACAAUUCUGUGCUUCCAACUUUGUGGCAACAGUUUGGGGAAGGCCCUUUCCUGUUUCAGCAUGACAAUGCCCCUGUGCACAAAGCUAGGUCCAUACAGAAAUGGUUUGUCGAGAUCGAUGUGGAAGAACUUGACUGGAUACGAACAUUCCAUUCCAGCGAAACAAUUUAUAUACAGUAUAGUGUUUUGCAAAAAAAUUAACAUUUCCAUACACAUCUAAAAUUCUAUGAAUACAAAAUCUGAGAACAGUCAUAUUUUACACACACAUGAAAGUACCCAUAAGCAAUCAUUUCUGAUGAAAAAACACAAAUGUGAAAAGUUGGUGGCUGUAGCGUUCUGGAAAAAAACUCUUAAUUUGAUAACAGGCUGUGUCGGUCCUUAUCCAGUUGACCCAGCUUGAGAUAAAUUACACGCAUUAAUAAACUGUGUGUGUGUUAAUGAUGUGUGUGUGUUAGGGUAAUAAUACUGCCAAUCACACAUGAACAAAUCCACAGUUCGCAAACCCAACCUCCAUGUGUCAUAUGAGCAGCCACAGGGGUGACAGGGAUUUAAAGAGUGAAGGAAUUUGAUAAAUAGGAGGAAGAAUCUGAGCUAGGUGGGUAGUCAGGCAUGCUAACAGACCUAGGUUAUGUAAGGAAAACACAGGACUAUAUUUUUCCUCGUCAGCUCCCUGGUCACACAGCAUCUGACAGCUCUGGAGACAAUGCAAGGAAACCUGUCUGGUAAAAGCACAGUUGAGGCUUCCUUUUGCUGCUGUUGGUCUCACUCCCUCCUCCCUACCUUCCCUUAUCACUCUAUCACUCAAUAAUUUCCUCUUUCACUCUAUGGACCCCCCCCCCUUUCCCUUUUUUAUUAGUUCUCUGACCCUCCUCCAUCAUUCCCUGUCUUCCUCCCCAUCCCUCUCUCCCUCCCUCUCUCCUGCCAGGGUCAUACUGACCUUGAUGAGGUCUAAAAGGGAAAGAGGAAAGAGGGGGCAGAGAAAAUGGAGAGAGUGAGAGCAUGGAUGAUGGAAAAGAGAGAGAAAAAUGAAAGGACUGGGUGGUAAAGGGAAGAGAAAAGGAGAUGUGGAUAAACUGCCAUGAUACAUGUAUAAGUAUUGUCGUAUCAACCGUCAUUUCUGUCUUCAAUAUGUUUAUAGCCCAAAUACUAUUUAUAGCCACAGAUGGGUAUUUAUACAGACCACUAAUGGAUGGUUGUGAAGGAGGUAGACCUUUUCACUAUUCAGUUAAAUCCCCAUUGAAAUGUGAAGGAUUAGACCGUAAAAUUCAAGAGACUGUGUGUAAUGACGUGUGUGUCUGUGCGCAUGUGCGUGCACGUGUGUGUUUAUGUGUGUGAGUGAUAAUGAUGAAUAUUCAUGGUAACCUGAGGCUGUCCAUAGCCACUGAAAGAGGAAAUCAGUGAGACAGAGAGAAAGGGAGUCAGAUAGACAGAGAGACAGAGAGACAGAGAGACAGAGAGACAGGUAGACAAAGAGACAGAGAGACAGAGAGAUAGGGAGAAAGAGAGAAAGAGAGACAGGGAGACAGAGAAACAGGGAGGCGGAGAGACAGAGAGAUAGGGAGACAGAGAGAUAGGGAGACAGAGAGACAGAGAGAUGGGGAGACAGAGAGACUGAGAGACAGGGAGACAGAGAAACAGGGAGACAGAGAGACAGAGAGAGAGAGAGACAGAGAGACAGAGAGACAGAGAGACAGGGAGACGGAGAGACAGGGAGACAGAAGGACAGAAAGACAGGGAGACAGAGGACAGGGAGACAGAGAGACAGAGAUACAGGGAGACAGGGAGAGAGAGAGACAGGGAGACAGAGAGACAGGGAGACGGAGAGACACGGAGACAGGGAGACUGAGAGACAGGGAGGCAGAGAGACAGGGAGACACGGGGACAUGAAUAAAGAGAGACAGGGAGACAGAGAGACAGAGAGACAGGGAGACAGGGAGACAGGGAGACAGAGAGACACAGAGACAGGGAGCCAAGGGGAGAGAGAGACAGAGAGACAGGGAGACAGACAAACAGGGGGAGAGGGAGACAAAGAGACAGGUAGACAGAGAGACAGGGAGUGAGAGAGACAGGGAGACAUAGAGACAGGGAGACAGGGAGACAGAGAUACAGGGAGACAGGGAGACAGGAGACAGGAAGAGAGAGAGACAGGGAGACGGAGAGACAGGGAGACAGGGAGACAGAGAGACAGGGAGACAGGGAGACAGAGAGACACAGAGACAGGGAGACAAGGGGAGAGAGAGACAGAGAGACAGAGAGACAGGGAGACAGACAAACAGGGAGAGAGGGAGACAAAGAGACAGGUAGACAGAGAGACAGGGAGUGAGAGAGACAGGGAGACAUAGAGACAGGGAGAUAGAGAGACAGGGAGACAGGGAGACAGAGAUACAGGGAGACAGGGAGACAGGGAGACAGGAAGAGAGAGAGACAGGGUAACAGAGAGACAGGGAGACAGAGAGACAGGGAGACAGAGAGACAGGGAGAUAGAGAGACAGGGAGAGAGGUGACAGAGAGACAGGGAGACAGGGAGACAGGAAGAGACGAGAGACAGGGGGGAACAGGGAGACAGGGAGACAGAGAGACAGGGAGACAGAGAACAGGGAGAGACAGAGAGACAGAGAGGACAGGAGGACAGGGAGGAGAGAAAGGAGAGAGGAGAGAAGAGCGAGAAGGAGAGAAGGGAACAGAGACAGGUGAGACAGGAGACAAGGAGAGAGGAGACAGGAGACAGAGAGACAGGGAGACGAGAGAAGGACAGAGGAGACAGAGAGAGAAGAGAGAGAAGGAGAGAAGAGAACGCGAGAGACAGGAGAGACAGAGAGGACAGAGAGACAGGGAGCAGGAGCAGGGAGACAGAGACAGGGGACAGGGAGACAGGAAGACAUGAGAGAGAGAGAGAGACAGGGAGACAGAGAAGGGAGAUAGGGAGAAGAGAGAGACAGGAGACAGAGAGACGGGGAGACAGGGAGACAGGAGAAGAGGACAGGGAGACAGGGAGGAACAGAAGACAGGGAAGAAGAGAAAGGAGACAGAGAGACGACAGGAGAAGAGGAAGGGAGACAGAGAGACAGGGAGAAGGGAGAAAAGUGGACGGGGAGACAGGAAAGGAGAAGGAGGGACAGGAGACAGAGAGAACAGGGAGACAGAAAGACAGGGAGACAGCGGAGAGACAAGAGACAGGAGAGACAGAGAGACAGGAGCUAGAGAGAGGAGCGGGAGGCAAGGCAGGGAGAGACAGAGAGAAUAAGAGAGAAGGGAGACAGAGAAUUGGGAAACAGAGAGACGGACAGAGAGACAGGGAGACGGAGAGAAGGAGACAGGGAGACAGAGAGACAGGGAGACAAGGGAAGAGAGACAGAGAGAGAGGGAGACAGGAACAAGGGAGAGGAGACAGGGAGACAGAGAACAGGGAGACAGAAACAGGAGAGAGGAGACAGGAAGAGACAGGGAGCGAGAAACAGGGAGGAGAGAGACAGGGAGAAGAGAGAAGAGAGACAGGGAGAAGAGAGAGGGAGACAGGGAGACAGAGGAAGAACAGGGAGACAGGGAGACAGGAGAAGAGAGAGAGAGAGAGAGGAGGGAGACAGGGAGGAUAG